UUUAUUGACACAAGGCAAAAAGAGAAGAAAGAAUGAAUCUUCUCAACGUCCAAAAACUCAGAAUUAUCAAAUUUCUUCUUUCAAUUUUGUUUCUCUCUGUUUUUUUCUCAAUCGUCCCUCUUCUGCUCCAGUCUCUGAAGCCAUUCCUGGCGAUGCUGGCGAUAGACAAGACCUACAUGUUCUUGCUCUGUAAUGGGCUCGUCGUCUUCAUUCUGAAGAACUCUGGUCUCGUUCAUGUCAAGAAGGACCUAGAAAUUCAGAAUAACCCCAAUCCUAUUCAGAAUAAUCCUAAUCCUCCAGAAGCAACAGAAGAAAAAGAAGAUAAUCGAGAACGUAUGGUUUCUGGUGAAAAGAAAGAGGAGGAGGAAGAACAGGGGAUAUGUCAUGCCAUCGGCGCCAUUGAUGAAGAAGAAGAAGAAGAAGACACAGAUGAGUUGAACCAGAAAGUCGAGGAAUUUAUCAGAAAGAUGAAGGAAGCUAUCUCUUUAGAACGAAGAGAUUAUUACAAAUCUGGUGAUUUUGAUACAUUACUCGCAGUUCAGUCUCAAUUAAAGUGAAUUUGUAGCUUUUAGUUAAUAAUAAUUAAACAUUUUAGCUUCAAGUUUAAGUGGGUGUGUGAGAUUUAAUAUUGAUCACUUGAAGUUGCACCAUAAUCCUAGUUUAGGUAAAUGUUUGAUAUAUGGGAACUUCCGUGCCCUGCUCUGUUUAUCUGUAUGACCUUGUAACAGUUAGUUAAUACAUAGUAUGUCCGGUUCUUAA